AUGAACGACUGGGUUAUAACAAAUUAUGUUACAGAUAUCGACUACAACUACGAAGAAGAAGAGGCAAGUGACAUUGACAAGGAGCUGCGGCCAGUAGCGCGGCGCACCGCUAAACACAUAGCAGCCGGAGAAGAGAGGCCGAGAAUCAAUUCCAGCCAACAAACGACACCAAUCGAUGGUAAGUCAGUUUAUAAAUUCAAUAUAUCCGACUAA